AUGGGAUAUACGACGAUGUGGACGCCGGCGGCACUCCUGCCACUGCUACUGAAGCUUGCCGUCGUCCUAUUAGCGACUGGACUUAUGAGAGUCGGCUGGAAGGCCUACACCAUCAGGAGAAAGUUUAAAGAAGUAAAGGCAUUAGGGAUUCCAAUGCUCACCCACUCUUGGAUCAUGGGUCAUCUUCCCGUCAUGUUUGAGUUCCGCAAAGAGUACUCAGGAGACAUCAACAUUGGCAACUUCCACCCAUGGAUCAUCAACAACUAUCAAAGACACUUUCCAGAAAUGGACCACUGCCCUCCAGUCAUUUAUCUGGAUCUAUGGCCUGUCCUAAAGGCACCCAUUGUGGCCGCGUACAAGAACACCGUUGGAGCGCAGUUCACACAGAUGAAGAAUCUCGACAAGCAUCAAAUCUCACUCGAUUUCAUGAACCCGUUGACAAAGGGCUUGGACAUCGCGACCCUUCAGGGUGACGAGUGGAAGAAAUGGCGAGGCUGGUUCAACCCUGGCUUCAGCUCGAGGAAUGUUUCGUCCAUGGUUCCUGAUCUCAUUGAAGAGAUCAAGGCCUUUGCGGAUAACUUGCAACGAGAAACCGGUCCUAAUGGAUCGUGGGGUCGCAUGUUCCAGCUCCACAACAUGACGACGGCUCUUACUUUUGACAUGAUUGUCCGUGCAGUCUUUUUCGGCUACUUGUUCCCUUGGCAGAACAAGGCCGUGGAUCGUAACAAUAGCAUUGUCCAACACCAACUUCAACCCAACAUUGUCCGAUCCCUAGAAGCCGGCCUCAAGCCAUCAAAGAAGAAGACGGUGCUCAAUCUUGGUCUGAUGCAUUUGGCGGAAGAGGCGGGUGGACGCCCAAUUGACCCGACUACCGACCCGCUCAUGAUGGACACCAUCUUGGGCAACCUAAAGACCUUCCUCGUCGCAGGCCACGAGACAACCGCAAGUGCGCUUUGUUUCAUGUUCAAAGUUCUGCAAGACAACCCAGACUGCAUGGCCAAGGUCCGCGCCGAACACGACGAGGUACUGGGUCUGGAUCCCGACCAAGCUGCUGAUAUCCUGAGCAAGUCGCCUCAGCUCCUCGGUUCCCUUCGCUAUACACACGCCGUGAUCAAGGAGACUCUCCGUCUGUAUCAACUUGCCUCCACCAUGCGAGGAGGGGAGCCGGGAUUCUACCUCAGUGAUGCCACUACCGGUCUGCAGUACCCGACCGAAGGGUUCCUCGUGUGGGACGGCGGUCCGGGCAUGCAGCAUGACCCGUCCCUGUGGCCGCACGUCGACAAGUUCAUCCCGGACCGCUGGCUUGUUCCUGCCGAAGACCCGCUCCAUCCUGUCAAGGACGUUUGGCGGGCAUUUGCAAGAGGUCCUCGGGAUUGUAUCGGUCAAGAGAUUGCCCUGGUUGAGAUCAAGCUGGUUGCGGCCCUGAUUAUGAGGAAGUACGAUGUCGAGGAGGCCUGGGAUGAGUGGGAUGCUAUUCAAGGGCCCAAAGCUAAGAAGGACAUGGUCAGGGGACAAAGACUGUAUGUGGCUGGAGAUGGAAUUGGGCAUCCCAAAGAAGGGAUGCCUGUUCGCGUGCGCCUUCGACAGAAGUGA